GUUUCUUGAGUCUUCUGUCUUGUCUCAUAAUCUCAUUUCUUAUUGCAAAAUUCUACCAUGGCUUCGACAACACUGACUGAGCCGAUUGUGGCACGCUCGGGUGCCUCUGUCCAUUCAAGGGAAGAAGACGAAUUUACGGAGCAGAAUGAAGAGAAUCCCCUCGAGAUCACGUCGAAUUCUUCGGUACAGGAUACGCCUAGUCAUAUGGUAGCAGAUAACCUAUUGGAAAAUAUUGGGUCGCACGAUGGCCAUCCAGAUGAACCUCCCCCGCCUUACGAAGAGCCUAUCCACGAUGCAAAUCCACCCCAAAUCGUGCCCGUAGAAUACAGCUGCGAAAACCGUCCACAGUUACUCGCAGCAUCUCAAUCCGAAUUCCCAGAGGCUCUCGAACCACCUCCGCGAAAUCCCGCAAGACUAAGUAGAGACCUCUCCGGUCUUCCACCAAUAUCCCUAGGAGUCCUACGAAGCCCGGACGAUGACACAUUAUAUCCAGCUCCACUCCAGAUAAGACCAAGUUCUGCCAAUGGAGGCCAAACGCCAGGAAUGGAGUUCGCGCAGAGAAGUGCCACGUUCUCUUCUGCAAAGGCUCGCGAAGCUGGAUUCGAGGUCCUGCCCCCGCGCUCCCCGCAUCGGACCGAUUCGAAUUCUAGUUUUCCUAGCAUAACUAUGGUGUCGUCGACAGAGACAUUGAGACACACUAGAGAACCAGGGAAGCUGACGGCGUAUCUGAUUCCAUUCCCCAAGCCACGGUUAAAGGGCGUCAGGGUAGAGGAUAUCCCCGAUCGCUUUCUUGUAUAUACCCCAACUCCCCCACCACUCUCAAAGCCGGCUCCUGGUGAGAAAGAGAGCCAUUGGCACAAGACUCAGAGACAGUGGCAAGAGGAUGUCCGGAAGGCGAUGAUGAGCAAUGCAUCCAAGGCCACCUGGAAAGGCCUGAAAGCAAGAACGACCAUUUUGAUCGGCAAAGGAGUGAAUUUGACCAAGUCUACACAACUCGAAUUCCUGGAUAGGGUCUCAGAAGGAGCUAUCACGGCGACAGUGGAUGAAACAAAUCCGCUAGAGCUGACCGACGCCAUCACAACACCUUCAACAGAACAACCACCAACACUCACUCCUAAUGGCGUCGAAACUACCCCCUCGACACCUCUACGAACGGAAUCAACUACUUCAAUAGAAAAAACCAAGAAGACUAAGGCCCUGGAAGAACUAACCCUAAUAUACCCUCCUACUCUUCCCCUCGACCCUGAACGAAUCCGCUCUGAAUUCGUCGACUCCCUUCUCCGCACACGCGACAAAUCCCGCCGAGACGCCGUUGUCGCGUCCUCCCUCUUCCCCGUCGCUGCUGCCAUUGAUGCUUCCCUUCUCAUUACCUUCGGAGGGUUAAUGGAAGUUUCAGGCGUAUGGGCAUACACGUCCAUCAAAGGUGCUGUGACAAGUAAGAAAAUGACGCAAGGCCUAGCUCGCGGCGAGGAAUAUGCGAAAGAGAAAGCAAACGAAGAAACUAAAAUUGUAGGCUGCACAUGCGGUCUACAUGAACAAACAUUCGGAUGCCAACACUCUGUCACCGUUUCCAAUAAAGGCAAGGGUAAGGGCAAGGGCAAGGGCAAGGCAAAGAGACAGGGCAUCAAUCUCCGCAUGCAGCAGUCGCCCAAGCUUGAAGUCCUACGUCGAUAUCUCGAUCUCGCAUGUCUAAAGAAAGAAUUCAUUAUGUUUCCACAACUUGAUGAACUCGCUGGAGAUGUUGAUGAUGGUGCUGUGUUACAGGCCAUUGGGUGGCAGCCUACACGAAGAGCUGGGAGAGACCUAGAAAUGGAGUAUAAGGGCAGGAUUGAGACAUUGACACCAGAGCAGGAUGAGCAGUGGCAAAUUAGAGAGGCGAAGGAUGAUGUUAGGAGGAUUAUGAAGAAAGGGGCGAAAGAGUGGAUUGAGUUUUGCAAGCAGUUUCAGAAGGAUCAUGUUGCGGCUUUGAAGAAGUAAGGGUCUGGAGGUGGAUAUGUUUUGUGGUUGGCCUAGAUGGAUAUUUUGGUGAAGGAUUCUGGAAUAUAUUAUUGAUACCUCUGUUAUAUGAAA